AUGUCUCUCUCACAUGCUCUGAGUUUGAAUUCGUUUGGUCCAUUUGUUCUCAUCUUUCUCUUUUUCUCUUCCAUCUCGUUUUCCUUCCACCCUGCAUCCUGUACCACAACCACCUUGCAAAACCACACUGACCGGCAGGCCCUUCUAUCCUUCAAGUCACUGCUGUCCGAUCCCUUGGGAAACUUGGCCUCCUGGAAUAAUGAAUCCCUCCAAUUCUGUAAUUGGCGAGGUAUCACUUGUGGUGGCCGGCGGCACCUGCUACGUGUCACCGCCUUAGAUCUUGACUCCCAGGGACUUGCUGGUUCAAUAUCACCCUCCAUAGCCUACCUCACCUUCCUUAGACGAAUCAACCUCGCAAACAACCAACUCCAUGGACAAAUCCCGCAAGAGCUCAGCCUUCUUCCUCGGCUUGAACAUCUGAACCUUAGCAUUAAUUCUCUUGAAGGAGAGAUUCCGUCCAAUCUCAGUCAUUGCCCCAACCUCAAGAACCUCAGCCUAAGCAACAACAUGCUUGAAGGAGAGAUACCCAAGGAAUUCGGCUUCCAUCACAAGCUCCAAAUACUGAGUGCCGGUGGCAACCAUCUUACAGGUUGCAUCCCGCCUCUGCUGGGGAGCAGCCUCUCACUCGCUGUAGUUUAUCUGGAAAACAAUGAUCUUACAGGAGGCAUCCCACCUUUUCUUGCAAAUAGCUCAUCCCUUGAAUUUGUCGAUCUUUCACAGAACAGUCUCACAGGAGAAAUCCCGCAUUCUUUUUUUAAUAGUUCGACCCUCAAAGCCAUCAAUCUUUUUAAAAACGAACUGACAGGUGGGAUACCAUCCUUCCCAGUGAUCCGCGCUUCUCCACUCUUCUUUCUUUCUUUGUCAAGAAAUUCACUUUCAGGAAGCAUCCCGCCAUCGAUAGGAAACCUGUCCAACCUCCUUGAUCUUUACCUUUCCGAAAAUCACUUGGAGGGAAGUAUUCCACAAAGCCUAGGCAAGAUUUCACGCCUGGAAGUGCUUGACCUAUCCGUAAACAACUUGUACGGUAGAAUGCCACCAACUCUUAACAAUCUCUCAUCACUAGGUUAUUUGGGCGUGGGCGCCAACCGGCUCUUCGGGACCCUGCCACCAGACAUCGGCAUCACCCUUCCAAACCUUCAUUCUUUGGUAAUGCAAUCCAACCUAUUUCAAGGGCAUAUCCCAUCUUCACUGUACAAUGCUUCCAAUAUUCAAAUGCUUGAUCUAUCGAAGAACUUGUUCAAAGGCUUACUGUCUUCCAGUGUAGGAUCCCUGAAAAAUCUAGUUGAGCUAAAUCUUGGGGAGAAUCAGCUCCAAGGCAAUGUUUGGAGCGUGUUCUCCUCCUUGACCAAUUGUAGCCUUUUAGAUGGAUUAUAUCUAUACGAUAAUAAGCUUGAAGGCACCCUCCCGGCGUCGGUAGGCAAUCUCUCCACACGGCUUCAGAAGCUAGUGGUAGAAGGAAACCAAAUAUCCGGGACCAUCCCAGUUGAAAUUGGAGAACUUGUCAACCUUACGGUUCUGUUUGCGGAUGAAAAUCUUUUUGCAGGAAGUAUCCCUCCUACCAUUGGAAAGCUUCGGAAGUUAGUUCUCCUAGGCAUGUCUGCAAACAAAUUUUCAGGUCCCAUCCCAUCUUCUAUAGGAAAUCUCACCCAAUUAAAUGAGCUUUACAUGGAAGAGAAUAAAUUGAGCAACAAUAUCCCUGCAAGCUUCGGAAAUUGUAUAAAUCUGAAUAUAGUAAACCUUUCUAAUAAUGCACUUGUUGGACCCAUACCAAAGAAACUUGUUGCUCUCUCCUCACUGACACGGGCCCUGGAUCUUUCACAUAAUAAUCUCACUGGGUCCAUUCCCAGGGAAGUGGGUAGCUCGAUCAACCUCGACUGCUUAAAUGUCUCCAAUAACUGGUUGUCGGGUGAAAUUCCUGGCACUCUCGGUACUUGUCAACAUUUGGAAUACCUUCGAAUGGAAGGCAACUUCUUUCAAGGAAACAUUCCACAAUCUUUCAUUAACUUAAGAGGACUCAGUGAACUUGAUCUUUCUCGAAACAACUUAUCCGGGCAAAUUCCAGAAUUCUUUGGGUCAUUUAGUUCUUUGCGGUAUCUAAACCUGUCAUUCAACGACCUUGAAGGGGAAGUGCCUAAAGAUGGUGUCUUUGGCAAUUCAAAUGAAAUUUUCAUCCUUGGGAACAAGGGGCUUUGUGGAGGUGAUCCAAAGUUGCAACUACCACCAUGCUCUACCCAAGCCUCCAAAAGAAAUCUAUUCAGGAUAAUAAUCACGACUGCAAGUGUUGCAUCGAUCUUAUUCUUGUGUUUUCUGUUAAUUCUUUUGCAAUUGCGAAAGAGACGGGAAAAAUCUCCAUCUGUGUCCUCCCUGGAAGACAAGUAUAGCGUGAUAUCUUACACUGAUAUUCUCAAAGCCACUGAUGGAUUCUCUUCAGCCAAUUUGGUUGGUACUGGAAGUUCUGGUUCUGUAUAUAAGGGAAAAUUGGAUUGUGAAGAAAAGUUCGUUGCUGUGAAGGUAUUUAACAUUCAACAAGUUGGAGCUCUGAAGAGUUUUAAAGCCGAAUGUGAGAUCAUAAAAAAUGUUCGUCACAAUAAUCUUGUUAGAAUCAUCACUUCAUGCUCAAGUAUAGAUUCUACUGGUAAUGAUUUCAAAGCUCUAAUCUUCGAGUAUAUGCCUAAUGGGAGCUUGGAUGAGUGGUUGCAUCCUAAAGCUCAAGAGUGUCAUCAGACAAGAACAUUAGACCUGACUCAGAGGUUGAACAUUGCUCUUGAUGUGGCUUCUGCUCUCUGUUAUCUGCAUCACAACAUAAAAGUGCCAGCCAUUCACUGUGAUCUAAAGCCAAGCAACGUUCUUCUUGACGAUGACAUGACCGCCCAUGUGCCUGAUUUUGGGCUUUCGAGGUUCCUCCCUACUUCGGGCUCCAUAGCAUCCAAAAGUUCGACAAGCUUAAUGGGGAUAAAAGGAACGAUUGGAUAUGUUGCACCAGAAUAUGCAAUGGGCAGCCAAAUCUCCACGCAGGGGGAUGUGUAUAGCUAUGGAAUACUAUUGUUGGAGAUGCUUACGGGAAUGAAGCCUACGAAAAGCAUGUUUAAGGAUGGCUUAAACCUACAUAAAUUUGUCAAUAUGGCUUUCCCAGAAAGAGUCAUGGUGAUUUUGGAUCCCCAAAUUUUGCAAAAUUAUCAUAGUGAAGAAUUUAAUAGCAAUAUUAGAAACGAAAAUUUUGGAAGAUUGCAACUAAGGAGAUGCAUUAUUUCUCUGACCAGAAUUGGACUGUUGUGCUCCAAGGAAUCACCAAAAGAACGACCAAAGAUGCAACAUGUUGCCAAUGAAGUUCGUGCAGUCAAAGAAAUGUUUUCCAAAGCUGAAAUUAACGAAGAAGGAGCAAAUUUGCCUGAAUGA